AUGGUCUGGUUCAACCAAGCAGCCCUCCUCCUCAGCAGCGCGCUGCUCGUGGCCGACGUGCUCCCCGUCGGGGCCGUGCGGACCAUCAUUCCCAAGACGAGCUUCGACUCGCAGUCCAACUUCGACGCCGACUGGAACUACCUCUACCCCUGGGGCAGCGACCACAACGGCGGCGCGCGCAUGACCAAGGACAACGUCAAUUUUAGCGGCGGCACGCUCACCCUCACGGCGAACAAGGUCAGCGGCCAGAAGCCGGCGACGCACGGCGGCCAGCAGAUUGCUAUCAACUACCUCAGCGGCGCGAUCCACGCCAAGGAGCACUUCAACGUGUCCAAGGGCGGCGGCUACGAUUUUUCCGCCGAGCUCAAGGCGACCACGACCAAGGGCACAUGGCCCGCCUUCUGGCUGACGGCCGUGCAGGGCUGGCCGCCCGAGAUUGACAUGGCCGAGUGGAAGGGCAGCGGCAAGAUCAGCUUCAACACCUUCAACACGAGCUCGAUCGUGACGGCCAAGGACGUCAACUACCCGAGCCCCGGCAACUUCCACAGCAUCAAGGUUGAGACGAGAGAUCUCAACGGCAAGGACGUGCAGGCCAAGUUCUACAUGGACGGCAACCUCAUCACGACGCAAGUCGGUGCUGGAUAUUUCGGAAAGCCGAUGUACCUGAUUAUCAACUUGCAAAUGGAGGGCUCUUCCGGCUCGCCCGGCCCAAGUGGGAGCACCGAGUUCCAGGUGCGCAACCUCGAGGUCCUCAGCUACAACCCGUGA